UGUGCUAGGCAAUGUCCUCCAUACUGUGGAUACAAUAGUAAAUAAGACAGACAAGACUCCUAACCUCAUGAAGAUUAAAUUCUAGUCACUUUGCAGCUAGAAGCUAAGGUUUUGAGAUGUUAAAGGGCUUGUCCAAGGUUAUUCAGUAAUUUUGUGACACAGGUAAGACUAAAACCCAAGUCUACCUGACUGCCAGUGCAAAGUCAUGACCUUUCUCUCAUCUACCUUUUGCUUUGUCCACUUCAGUCUCUGUCCACCAGGAUGACCCCAGAGAACCUCACAGGGGCCAGGGUUGUGCCUGCUGAAUUCAUCCUCCUGGGCAUCACAGAUCGCUGGGACCUGCGCAUUACCCUUUUCCUGAUCUUCCUGACUGUCUACCUAGUGAGCCUGCUAGGAAACAUGGGCAUGGUGCUGCUAAUCUGCGUGGAUGCCCGGCUCCACAUGCCUAUGUACUUCUUCCUGGCCAACCUCUCUCUGUUGGAUGCCUGCUAUUCCUCAGCCAUUGGCCCCAAGAUGCUAGUGGACCUGCUACUGCCCCGUGCCACCAUCCCUUACGCAGCCUGCGCCCUCCAGAUGUUUGUAUUUGCAGGUCUGGCUGAUGCUGAGUGCUGCCUCCUGGCAGCCAUGGCCUAUGACCGCUAUGUAGCCAUCAGAAACCCUCUUCUCUAUACAACAGCCAUGUCAAGGCAUCUAUGCCUGGCCUUGCUGGGAGCAUCAGGCCUGGGAGGAGCAGUGAGUGCCUUUGUCCAUACAACCUUCACCUUCCGCCUGAGCUUCUGCCACUCCCGUGAGAUCAACAGCUUCUUCUGCAAUAUCCCUCCACUGCUGGCCAUCUCAUGCAAUGACACCAGUCUCAAUGAACUCCUCCUCUUUGCCAUCUGUGGCUUCAUCCAGAUGGCCACAAUACUGGCUAUUGCUGUGUCCUAUGGCUUCAUUGCUGGGGCUGUGAUCCGCAUGCAUUCAGCAGAGGGCCGCCGACGAGCAGCCUCUACCUGUGGGUCCCACCUCACAGCUGUGGCUAUGCUCUAUGGGACCAUUUUUAUGUACCUACGUCCCAUCUCCAGCUAUGCCCUGGACACUGACAAGAUGGCAUCUGUGUUCUACACCCUCGUCAUUCCAGCUCUCAACCCGCUCAUCUACAGCCUCCGUAACAAGGAGGUGAAGGAGGCCCUCAGGAGGACCCGGAGCCGAUUCUGUUGUACAGAGCCGGGGCACUCAUGAAAGGUCUGGGGGGUGUGGUUAGGACUGACUGUGAAGAGGUGAGGAGCAUGCUCUUUCAGGCCCCUAGCACUGUUGGUAAAAACGGAUGUUCCUCUGGCUUGUGUGUCUCUUGUCAUUGUUUAAGGGACUACAAAGGAGGAGAAAAGGGAAGCAUACAUAAUGGAGGCAGAAGUGGCUAGACCUAGAACCAAUACCAAGACAAGGUUAAUGUUGCUACUGAGCUGCCUUAGGUUCCCCAAUGUUCAAAACAUAAAAGUUCCUAAAUGUUACCUGGUGAAUCAACAGAUGGUUUAUUGGCCACCGGUACUUAUACAGGUUGAUCCCCAGAAAUACCAGGUUAGAGUGGUAAUGACUCCAAAUGUUCCUAGAUUCUUGUCCUUUUUAGGGUUCUUGGCCAACGAGUCUGCUCCUG